ACCGGCCUGGCCAGUGGCCACCAAUCACCCAGUCUUUCGAUGCCUCACAAUCUGCACAGCAAUCCACAUGGCCACUGCACAGUUAGGCCGCGACCAAAUUUGCCGGCGCACGCCCACUUUCCACCGCCACCACCCCACCACCGCCGCCAAACCCUCCACGGCACUCCUCUUCAUUCCUCCCAAAAACAACCCAAGUAAAAUAAGAACUUCACUAACUAAAGGGAAGCCAAAAUUGGGAUGGGCAGUUAGGAUGAGCAUUGUUGAACAGAGCCCGCCAAAAGAACCAACUAGUGUAAAUGACGUCGAAAGGUUGGUUGGCUUCUUGUACGAGGACCUUCCUCACCUCUUCGAUGACCAAGGGAUCGACAGGACUGCGUAUGACGAGCGUGUCGAUUUCAGAGAUCCCAUUACUAAACAUGAUACUCUCAGUGGAUAUCUGUUUAACAUUGCUACGUUAAAGUUGCUGUUCCGCCCCCAGUUUCAGUUACACUGGGUCAAACAGACAGGGCCUUAUGAGAUCACCACAAGAUGGACUAUGGUAAUGACUUUCAUGCUUCUGCCCUGGAGACCUGAAUUAGUCUUCACAGGAACUUCUGUCAUGGGAAUCAAUCCAAAAACCAACAAGUUCUGUAGCCAUGUUGACUACUGGGAUUCUAUAAAGAACAACGACUUUUUUUCUAUUGAAGGCCUCAUGGAUGUGUUGAAGCAGUUGCAGAUUUACAAGACUCCAGAGUUAGAAACGCCUAAAUAUCAGAUACUAAAAAGAACUGCUACGUAUGAGGUGAGAAAGUACAAACCUUUUAUGGUCGUCGAAACAGAUGGUGACAAGUUGACUGGUUCAAGUGGUUUUAAUGCCGUUGCCGGGUAUAUUUUUGGGAAGAACGCAGCAGAGGAAAAGAUACCCAUGACUACUCCUGUGUUUACUCAGGCAGUUGAUGCUGAAACAUCCAAAGUGUCUAUCCAGAUAGUUCUGCCAUCAGAAAAAGAUUUGAGCAGUUUACCAGCUCCGAAUGAGGAAGCAAUCACAUUGAGGCAGGUUGAUGGAGGCAUAGCAGCAGUAACAAAGUUUAGUGGAGAACCUAUUGAGAAUAUUGUUCGAGAGAAGGAGAAAGCUCUCCGGUCUGCUGUUAUGAGGAAUGGUUUAAAACCAAAACCCGGUUGCUUGCUUGCACGUUACAAUGAUCCAGGUCGAACGUGGAGCUUUAUCAUGAGGAAUGAGGUGCUCAUAUGGCUUGAGGAAUUCACAUUGGAAUAAGUUUCAACAUUCUUCACUUGCUACCAUGGAAGUACGUAGUGGCAACAUCAGAAGCGAUGGUAAUCUUCAAUCGCUGUUUUGGCUGUGUAGAAUCUUUAAAGAUGGUUGUGAGAGCCAGUCACAAUUGAAUUUUCGUUUGUACCAUAGUAUCCAAUUUCGAAUGUAGCUACAAAGUCCAGUUUCACACUCCUUAGUUACCUCAAUCCCUUUGUUUCGAAUUGAGGAAUCACAACAAAUUCUUUUGGUUUCUCUUUUAGCUCAACCCAUCCUGGAUUUAGACGGAACCUUAAAGCAGAAAUGGUAUCGAUAUUUAAAAGAAUUCACUCUUUAGUUUUA